AUGGAAUUUUGUAGGUUAUGUUUACAAAACAUCAGCAAAAUAAUCGAUGUUAAAAAUGAUAAACAUUUAUUAUUGAAAAUAAAGGAAUGUGUUACAAUUGAUUUAUCUGAUUCGAUUGAUGUGAACAGUGGUGUUUGUGUUAAGUGCAUAGAGAAAAUCAACGAUUUCUAUGAAUUUAGAACUACCUGUAUCUUACUAAAUGUAGACAACAAAUACAUACAAAUUGAUAAGGCUGUUAAGGAAGAAAUUAUCAAAAUUGAGGCAAAAGAUACUUACGAUUGUGUGCUAUGUUCAGAAGAAUUCAAUGAAUUAACUGAACUAUUUGACCAUCAAAAAUCUCAUGAGAAAAAGCCUGUUUUAAAAUGUAUACAAAAUGAUUGUUUCGAAGUAAAUACAGGAAGUCAGUCCCUAGAAGUGGCAAUUAUUUCUCACGAAGCUGAUAGAGAAUCAUCUUCAUCGACAAGCGUGAUUACUCGCAACUCACCGCUCACGCCCGAGCAAGAUCCUCAACAACAGCGGACUGCAAGACGAAAAAAAGACAGCGCGACGCUCCAAAGAGAAUACAGGCAAAGACUGACUUCUGAGGAAGCGAAAAAAAGGAAAAUAUCCGCUGCCGCGUAUAUGCGAGACUAUCGAAAAAGGCAAAAAAAUGCCUCACUGGUUAACGAACAGCCCGUUAAAAAAGUGCGACUGUCCGCUGAGUCCAUUGAAAGAUUAAAUCACAAGAGAGCCUUAGGAGCACGACGUUCAAGGGAUUAUAGAAUUCGUCAGCGCAACGAAAGAGCUGCGGCUGUAGCUGCAGCAAUUCAAUCGACAUCAGAUGAUGAUCAAUCUCAGGAUCAAGAAUGUUGGAUGUUAGGAUGUUCAGUUUGCUCAAAACUGUUCAUUAAUCAAGAACUUCUUGAGGAUCAUCAAAAAUCACAUGAUGAGGAACAUAUCUUCAAAUGCAUAGAAAAGGAUUGUUUAGAAGUUUUUACAACAAGAUUAGAUUUAGUUAAGCAUGAAUCACUACAUUGGAUCGCUUGUGAUAUUUGUGAAAAAAUGUAUGAUAAAUCUUUUAUAGCAAAACAUAUAGAAAGCCAUUUCGAACAUCCUAGAUGUUCAGUGUGCUCGAAACCAUUUAUAAACCAAGCACUUCUCGCAGUACACUUAAAAAGUCACGGCGACGAUAAACCGUACAAAUGCGAAAUUUGCGAAUACUCCGGAAAAACUUCGGGGGCUUUAUCCGCCCACAAGAAGAUGCGACAUCAAGCACUCACAUGCGAAAUCUGCCACAAAAUAUUUAACAGCUGCAGAUAUCUCAACGACCAUUUACGCAAAACACACGCGGAAAAUAUGCUUAAAUGUCAACACUGA